AUGGACAGCGUGGAGGUAGAGAAGACAGUUGCUGAGGGCAUGCGCAACGUGAACUCGUUCUGUAACGCGCGGUUUGCGGAUAUUGGGAUCUUGGAGAAGCUCACGAAGCGACACAGGCGGCAGUGA